GGGACUUCCGCCCGCGCCCCCUCCCCUCGCCGCGCCGUCGCGUCCUCCGGCCCGAGGCCCUCCCGGCCGCGUGCCCUCGCGCCCUCCCGCCCCGGCCGCGGCUGCAGUGGCACUGAGGCGGCGGCGGCGGCGGCGUCCGGAGGCUGCGGGCGCCCCUCCCCCUCCUGCUUUCCCUGCUGCUGCUCCUCCUCCUGCUCCUCGUCGUCGCCCGCUCGGCCCGAGCUGCGAGCGGCAAGAUGGCCGCGCCCAGGCCGCCGCCCGCCAGGCUGUCCGGCGUCAUGGUGCCCGCGCCCAUCCAGGACCUGGAGGCUCUGCGCGCGCUGACGGCGCUCUUCAAAGAGCAGCGGAAUCGAGAAACGGCACCCAGGACCAUCUUCCAGAGAGUCCUGGAUAUCCUGAAGAAGUCUUCUCAGGCCGUUGAGCUGGCCUGCAGGGACCCGUCCCAGGUGGACCAUCUGGCCUCCAGCCUGCAGUUAAUCACGGAGUGCUUCCGGUGUCUGCGCAACGCGUGCAUAGAGUGUUCCGUGAACCAGAACUCCAUCAGGAGCUUGGACACAGUCGGUGUCGCUGUUGACUUGAUUCUCCUUUUCCGUGAGCUGCGCGUGGAACAGGAAUCCCUGUUGACAGCCUUUCGCUGCGGCCUGCAGUUUCUAGGCAACGUUGCCUCGCGGAACGAGGAUUCCCAGUCCAUUGUUUGGAUGCACGCUUUCCCAGAGCUCUUUUUGUCUUGCUUAAACCAUCCAGACAAAAAGAUCGUUGCCUACUCAUCAAUGAUUUUGUUCACAUCCCUUAAUUCUGAAAGAAUGAAGGAGCUGGAAGAAAACCUCAAUAUUGCGAUCGAUGUCAUAGAAGCGCACCAGAAGCAGCCGGAGUCGGAGUGGCCGUUCUUGAUUAUUACAGACCAUUUUCUGAAAAGCCCGGAAUUGGUUAAAGCCAUGUAUGCCAAAAUGAGCAAUCAAGAAAGAGUUACGCUGUUGGACCUUAUGAUAGCCAAGAUAGUGGGGGACGAGCCGCUGACCAAGGAUGACAUCCCUGUGUUUUUGAGCCAUGCCGAGCUGAUUGCAAGCACUUUUGUGGACCAGUGCAAGAUUGUGCUAAAAUUGACCUCUGAGCAGCACACUGACGAUGAGGAGGCACUGGCUACAAUUAGGCUUCUUGAUGUCCUGUGUGAAAUGACUGCUAACACGGACCUGCUCGGCUAUCUGCAGGUUUUUCCUGGCCUGCUGGAAAGAGUGGUUGAUCUUUUACGGCUGAUCCAUGUAGCUGGCAGUGACACCACGAACAUCUUCAGCACCUGUGCUUGCAUAAAGGCAGAAGGUGACAUCUCAAAUAUGGCCGAGGGGUUCAAGUCUCAUCUCAUUCGGCUGAUUGGAAAUCUGUGCUACAAGAAUAAAGACAAUCAAGACAAGGUGAACGAGCUGGAUGGCAUUCCCCUGAUCCUGGACAGCUGCAGCAUGGAUGACAGUAACCCCUUUCUGACCCAGUGGGUCGUGUACGCCAUCCGAAACCUCACAGAGGACAACAGCCAAAACCAAGACUUGAUUGCAAAGAUGGAGGAGCAGGGGCUGGCAGACACGUCCCUACUUAAAAAAAUGGGCUUUGAAGUUGAGAAGAGGGGUGACAAGCUGACCCUGAAGCCUACCAGGGACACGCCUCAGCUGUGAAUGAACUCUCCAUCCCAAGUCAGAAUUUCUGGAAUCUGUUUCCGUGGAUUUUUCAUCUUCUGCAGUGUGUGAGAUUGCAGGUGUUUGAAGCCUUCUUUAGUGCCCGUUCAGGAAGACGUGAAUCUUUUAGACAAUAGCGUUACAUGUGUGUAAGCUUAAAAGUGAAGUAACGUGA